AUGGCUGAAGAUGGUUCUCCUAAAAUUUAUUCCCAUCGUCCAACAGAAAAGAAUAAAACACCAACUGAAGCAACAAUUUUCUUUGGGGCUGACAAUACUAUUCCUAAAUCAGAAACAACUAUUACUUCAGAAGGAGACCAUGUUUCUUCAGUAAAUGACUAUACACGAGAAAGUGAUUUUUCAUCUACUACAGGCAACAAACUUACACCUCCAAAGGAAAGACUCGAAUCAGAAGAUGAUGUUGAGACUCGCAUUAUGAAAUCAGUAACCACUGCAGAGAAAGAAAUCUCCAUUUUUACUGGCAAUACAAACUCCAUAACCGAUGACUCUAUUACUGAAAUUUCUUUUUCAGAAAAAAUUGGUAAUAUGUCAUCACCACUUGCUACUAUUUCUUUAAUAGAUUUUUCAAGUAACCUAGCAGAAGAAGAUACUCUCUUGGAUACAAUAUUCCCAGGAGAUGAAGAUGUCUUGAUAACUUCUAAAGUCUUUGGCACACUUAAGAAAAGUACCAUCUCCAGUACUGACACCGCUACAUCUUCUGGUAAGAAGGAUGCACCUGAUAUUACCAAUCCUCGCUUCUCAGACAAAUCCAAUGCUGAUAGUAUCCGAGUCACUGACUCAUUUUUCCCUAAGGUUGAAAUCUCUUCCUCUACUGAAAAAAAUAACACCACCAUUUCAGACAUAACUGACCAUUCAGAAGAGAAAAUAACUGAAACUGACCUAAUUCUUUCAGAGGAGGAUCCCAAUGCUGCAGCUAAUUUAACUGAUGCUGGUGAGGAGAACUUCAUCACUGUAUUUGAACUCUCAGCCUCUGCUGAAAGAGACAAAGAUAACCCAGAUGAUAUUCCACUAACAGAUGAAGAUUCUAGCGAUAGCAUCAAUAUUUGGGUGGAAAGAGAUAGUUCAAAUGAAGCAGAAACUAAUUCUGUUUUGCUUACUGCUGUAGAAUCAAGAUACGACUUCAUUGUCCCCACAUCAGUAGCUAUGAACCCCGUGGAUGACUCACCUACUACAACAAUGAAAGAUACAGAUGAUAGAACUGAAUCUGUAGCUAAGGUCAAUGAGCCAUCUUCUGAAACUACCUCCAUACUUGAUGGACCAAUCCCCAUACUAGAUGCUUCAAAUCACUUGGAAGACACCUUUACAACUGAAAUGGAUCUCUUUACACUUCUGGGGGAAGAUCUAGAUGGGUUCAUGAUUUGA